CUUGUGCAAGAUUUUUCUAGUUUUCUGAAAGCAAAACUUGGGAGACAAUGUGCAUUGCAGUCCCAAGAUUUCCUCCAAAAUCAGAAUAAAGGUCACUCCCAACUUUCAUGCCAUCUGCAUUGCCUAUCCUCCUCUCUGGUUGAAGUCCCAAAACAAACUUGAUAAAAUCUUCAAAUUAAUAGUGCCAGAAACACCAGUCAAUAAUUUCCCCAACUUCGAAAUCACGAAUUUUGAAACUGAAGAGAAAAUAUUCUCAAAUUGCGUUUGAAUAUGGCUAUAAGCUGCAACAAACAAGAAUUCUUGCUACGACCCGUUUUUCACGCUAGAGAAUCCACCACAGCGUUUCUACCUCCACUAAGCCUCUCACUUAAACUCCCACCGCAAUCACAUUCAAAAGUCAGGAGGGUUGUUAAAAUGUCUGCAACUGAAGUCACAAGCUCUAGGAUAUCGUACGAGUCCUUUGCAAUAAAGCCUCCUGAGCACCCAACUUAUGAUUUGAAGGGCAUUAUCAAGCUAGCUCUUGAAGAAGAUGCUGGGGAUCGAGGUGAUGUAACAUGCUUGGCCACCAUUCCAUUUGACAUGGAAGUGGAAGCUUAUUUUUUGGCAAAGGAGGAUGGCAUCAUUGCUGGAAUAGCUCUUGCAGAGAUGAUAUUUCAUGAGGUUGAUCCUUCUCUGAAGGUGGAGUGGAGUAAAAAUGAUGGAGAUUUUGUCCAUAAAGGGCUACAGUUUGGAAGAGUUCAUGGACGGGCUCAUAACAUUGUUGUAGCUGAAAGAGUAGUGCUAAACUUUAUGCAGAGGAUGAGUGGCACUGCAACUUUAACUAAGGCAAUGGCAAAUGCAGCAUACCCUGCAUAUAUGUUGGAGACUAGAAAAACUGCUCCAGGUCUUCGUUUAGUGGAUAAGUGGGCGGUAUUAAUUGGUGGAGGUCGGAACCAUAGGAUGGGUUUGUUUGAUAUGGUGAUGAUAAAAGAUAAUCAUAUAUCAGCAGCUGGAGGUGUUGCUGAUGCUCUUAAAGCUGUUGACCUGUAUCUGGAGCAAAACAAUCUUCAAAUGGAGGUUGAGGUGGAGACCAGGACUCUUGAGGAAGUGGAAGAAGUUUUACAUUAUUCAUCUCAAACAAAGACUUCUUUGACUCGAAUAAUGUUGGACAAUAUGGUUGUACCUCUACCAAAUGGGGAUGUGGACAUAUCUAUGCUAAAAGAAGCUGUGCAGUUGAUAAAUGGGAGAUAUGAGACUGAGGCAUCAAGCAAUGUCACACUAGAUACUGUACAUAAAAUUGGGCAAAGCGGAGUGACCUACAUUUCUAGUGGUUCGUUGACUCAUUCUGUGAAAGCACUAGACAUCUCCCUCAAAAUUGAUACCGAAUUAGCACUCAAAGUUGGAAGGCGCACUGGACGAGCUUGAUUGGCCUUCUUAAGAUAUUACUAUUAUCUAUCAAUAUUUUGUAUCGGGUUUUUUUUCCCCUAUUUUGUCACUUUUGUGUGACUUUUUUUUUUCAUAGGCAAAUAAAACAAAUAUAUAUUAUGGAGCACAAGAAGUGCCAUGAUACACAAACAGAGUUACCCCUAUGCUGAUCAAGACAGGAAUCUUGUUAUUCGUGAAAUAAUAUAUUGCUACCAUAUAAAAUAAUA